GCCCGACCGGCGCGGGUAGCACAUGCGGCAUCGAGUUUUUUCUUGCGAUGAUUGAUGGCGACGGGCGAACUACGCAGGGCGAGGCCGCUGGAGCGCCGGCGACUUCGAGCCCAAACUCCGCGCGGCUCUCUGCGCGCAGCGUGUCGAGCCUGGGGUCCCCGUGCUCCGCCUCGCCGUUGCAACCAGAGACCGGGGUGCCCCGUCUCACAGGCCUAGCCAAGUGGUCCUCCUCGAGGCGCGAAGGCACCAGCUCGCUGUCGGCACCCAGGCGCCGAGCGUCCGGCCUGGCGCGGCCACCGCUGGAGAACCGCUGGCUCCAGCGUGUAGAGGCGUGCCAUGAGCGGCCGGCCAGCGCCGCAAGCAGCACCCGCGGCAGCAGUCCAGGCUCCAGCCGUGGCGGGAGGCCCGAAGCGAUCGGGCUUCAAAAGCGAAGGCCGCCGUCCUCCCACAGAGAGGCUCGGGGUGAGUUUGACACCUGCGACAAGCUGGAGGAAGAGGUCUUGUCCAUAAUGAGUGUCCUGCAAAGACCGCGUGACUCAACUUGGGCUGCGGCCAAAACAGGCGUCGACAGCAAUGGCACUGCUUUGCGUACUCGUUCCCCGGCCGCCACCACGCCGCGCCGGUCCUCGCCGUCGCCACGGGACCCACACCUGCGCACGGCAGAACGCGCAGUGGCACGGGUUGAAGGUCCGGGUCCGUCCCUCUCUGAGCGAGCUCGGCAAGCCUCGAGCUCGUCCUCUGCUUCGCGAACAGUCCGACCAAAGAUGUCGCAGAAGGCUUCGCAAAAGCUCGGCGCCUCCUCCAGUAUGACGGAGCUGGGCGGCGGACGGUUACUGCGUGACAGCCCCCUCUCCCAGGGACGCUCGGCGCGCAUGGAGGGGCUGCUGCGGCUCUCCCGGGCCAUCAGCGAGGCCCAGCGAGCGCUCGAAGUGCAAACCACAGAGGCCUUGAGACAUCCGGAAGAGACGACCUCGGAAGAGAGCAAGGCGCUGGAGGCCUUCGCGGAGCGGCUGCAGCGGCAACUCGCGGAGGCUCAAACCACCUCCAGGGCCUUGGAAGAGAUCGCGACGGCUCGGCAAGCAGAAAGAGCGCCACAGGAAACCUGGAAGCCGUUGCUGAACGGUAACCACUUUGAGCCACUUCCAAUUCCAGAAGAGGCAGAGCUGGACACGGACAAGGCUGCCGAUGAGCUACAGGCGCCCCCAGCCAAUGAUGCUGCGAGCGGCGCGGUGGCGGCUUCCGCGGUGGAAGCGGAAGCGGACGUGGCGGCUUCCGCGGAAGGGGGGCUCGCAGGAAGCGACGCGCCGAUCGACCAGGAGGUCCCGGACCGGGCACCAUCCUUUUCCCCCAAGAGAAGCCAGGCCAUCAACGGGACGGGGACGCAACCGCCAAACGGAGCCUUGGCAAAAGCAGGUGGGACAGCGGGCAAAGGUGACAUCGCAUCCAGCCCAAGGUCGGACAAAGCAAAUUCUGAUCAUCUUUGGGAGUUUGUGGUGCAAGGGGCGCCGCUGGAUGAGAGCGACACCGUGCGGAAGACCAUGACCUGCUUCCCAGGGGAUGCCAUGGCGAAGCUGGCAGAGAACGGCGUGGCCUGUGUCUGCGCUCGAGGGCAUCGCGUGGAUCCAUCCGUGCCAAAUCAAGAUGACUUGGUGCUUGCUAUGUGCUCGUGGGGAGAUGAAGGCAAAGUGGCUCUCUACGGCGUCUUCGACGGGCACGGACCGGCUGGGCACAGAUGCGCAGCCCUGGCGAGAGGCUUUCUCCCCGAGCGCAUCUUCGCCGAUCCGGAUCUGCUCAGCUCCCCUCAAGAGGUGCUGAAGGUGGCCUUUGCAGAGGCGCAGCAAGAGAUGCUGAGGCAGGAGCCCUCAGACGCCUUCAGCAGCGGCUGCACGGCCACGGUGUGCCUGGUCCUUCAAGAAGGCCCCGGACAGAAGCUGGAGGGCAAGAAGUCUCCGCCCGGCAUCUCCGUCCACACGGCUCACGUGGGGGAUUCGCGUGCCAUCGUGGCAAAGGUGGGAGAUGGCCCGAGCGGGAAGUGCUUUAUCGUAAAGGAGCUCACUCGGGACCAUCGCCCUGAUGACGAGCAGGAGGCACAGCAGGUGAAGGACCGGGGAGGCCACAUCCGGGCCGGCGGCAAGCGGGCCCGGGUGAUUUGCGAGGCCGUGCCCGGGCAUCCUGGCUUCGCGCUCACUCGUUCCCUUGGCCUUGCGCUGGGCCAGAAUUGCGGCAUUCUGGCGGAGCCCCAGAUUACCGCGCACCAUCUUCCAGCUGAUGCGGAAGCGAUUCUGGUCUUAGGUACUGAUGGCGUCUUCGAGUUCUGCGGCAACCGCACCAUUGCCGGGCACCUGCUGAAGCACGGAGUCACUGAAAGAGCUCUCGAAGAGGUGGUGCACGAGUCCAUGAAGCUUUGGUCGGUGAAUUCCUCCAACAGUACCGUUGAUGACGCCACAGCCAUCGCAGCUUCCCUGGGGCGCCUAGCUCGCGCGCCCCGGGCCAGCUCAAAGUAGCACAACCAUCGCCGGCCUUGAACUCGACACGCACAUCCGAACA